UGUUUCAUGAAUUUCUCUCUUCCUCUCAGUAAGCAAAACUGGCAGUGCUUACACGGAUUGGUGUUAAUAGAUGCUCUCAUCACUUGCUCUUUCAUCUUCAUCCCAAAGGAAAUACUGGUCCGCUGCGUUCCUAGCACUGCGGUGUUUGCAUUGUCCUAACGAUUGGAUGCUGACUUUGUUCCCUCAUUAAAAUUCACUGUGGUGAGGAAGCACUGCUUUUUCCCCUUCCCUGUUCCGUGAUGUCUGAUUCUGAUAAGGUUCAGUGCACAGUAAAUAACAAAUACCACAAUUACGUUACAGGAACGGCUAUAGGGAUGAACUUGUGUGCUAAUAAAGGCUGUCAUUUUUCUGAAUGUAUGUCUCUUUAUAGUACUAGUGAUGUUGUCCAUGCCAAGCACGAACUUAAUAAUGAUGGAAGGGGGAAGGUGGACCAUAGCGUAGAACUGAAGCUUGGUCAGAGAGGCCUGCUGCUUGUGCUUUGUUUUGUGGGGAAGAGCAAAACAAACAAAACUAGAGACAAUUACAGUGUUGCUUCUAGUGAUGGCUCUGGGGAGUUUGCACAAUUCUUUACAGCAUAAGCUGUUGCAUCUUGAAGAAUCCUGUGAAAUCAUCUUAGCCAACUGUUUUUCUUAAAAUAACAUAAUAGUUGAUGUUUUAUUCACAGUUUAGAUGGUCUGCGACAUCGCUUUUCCGAGAAACAGAAAUUAAGAAAACUUUCUGUGUCUUAUAAGAAACAGUACCCUGAUGUCUCCUUGCAUUAUAGGCUCUAAUUCCAAUUUAUCUGUGGAAUCAUAUUGCUCAGUAAAGCUUACACUAAGAAGGGAAAUGCACAUGGUUUUGGAGUUGAUUGCUGUUUGCCAUCAGCAGAAGGAGUAAGGUAGACUUCAGGUCAGUGUUAGUUUGUUGCUGCUUGAGAGGGAGGGGAAUGGGAGGUACUUGUGGAAGAGACUAAACAUGUCAGUGGUGAGCUUACUCAUGAUGCUACACAACUGGCAAAGUUUUUAGGAGUAGAGCAUGAAGAGGAAUAAUUUUAUCCCCUCAGUGACAAUGAGUGGUUGGGGAAAUAAGGCACACUUAUAGUAGGCAGCUCCUGAUAAAGUAGGCAAAGCCUGCGCAAGGAUCUAGUAAGGGUAAGAAAUGGUGGCACAGGUCUUCCCCAGCAUCUUUGCUCAAGCUAUCUUGAGCACUUGCUAUUGAUAUUCUUGUUCCUGAUCUAUGGGUGUGUACUACUGCCUUCUCUCCGUCUUUCUGGUGUAUUUGCCUGACUGGCAAAUUUCUGGUAAUAUCUCUCUUUAUGAACCUAAAACUUGUUGUGAGAGAGUGCUGUAAUGACUGCUGCAGCUGAGUAAAUAUAAAACCUGUGAAAUGUGUUCAACGUAUUGGCUUCACCUGUGAUACAAUAAACACAGAUUUGAGUUGUUGGAUGUUAUUGUUAGGUGGAAUUUGAUCAUGGCUGCGACGUUUCAUGCAAGUCUUGAAGCGUUUGCUGAGGUUUUUCAUUUAAUGCUUUCUCUUAAUCCUGCAUUUUCUAAUAUGUAGAGGGACUAUAUCUUGAGUUCAAUUUCUAAUUUGCUUUUUUAAUACUAGUGUUUAACUUAGUUAAAUUAGUUUGUAGGAAUACAUUCAUCUUCUUUUCACAAAAAAACCCACACUGUUUUCCUUUUGCCUAAAACACUGUGUAGAUUACCUCUGCUAGAGAGCGUACUGCAGGGAUUCUGGUUCUUGUUACUUUCCCACUGCUUCCGGUGCUGCCUCAGGAGCAUUGCCUUCUAAUUAUAAACAAUGUUGAUGUCUACCAUAUGUUUUGGUAGAAAAUAUGGGAUUCCUGCUGUCCUACUCAAGUCGGAUGCCUAGCUUAUAAGUAAGUAUUUGUGAAUGUGUAGUGGAGAAGUUGUUUUCUUUAUCACAUAGCUUUCUAAUAAACCCUUGUUUUCAGUCCCAAAGGAAAUAAAAUUUUAGUUUCAGGAUCCAUGUCUGAAAAUAUGGUCAAAUACAUUUUUAUUUUUUAAAUUUAAACUUGCAGUAUCCAGGAUCUGGAGCUCAAACUUUAAUGCCUACAGAAAGCGGUGUAUUCCAGUACCAAUGGUAAGAAAGAUCAAUCUGUUCUGAAAAGUAGAUUGUUAAAAACUUCAUCUGACUUACUUGGGUCUUAUGAAGCUGAUGAAUAUGCUGUGUUGAAAAUUAUCUUUGCAGCUGGUGUUGCACGAACUUCUUUUUAAGCUGUUACUUUUGUGUUUAACUUACCCACUUGUUUUUUCAUCUUGAGAUGUUGUAAAAUCUUUAAAACCUGAUAUAACUAAACCAAAGCUUCAGAUACUGAAGUUGUUUGCAGUUUGUCUUUGGCAUUAUAAAAUAGUGCAAUUUGUGUUAUUGUCUCAUAGUGUUAGGUUUCAGAGCAGUGCUCUCAAAUGUAGAGGAUGCUUACGCAGAAGAAUGGAGAUACCUGGAUUCUAAAGAGAGCUGUGAUUGCGGGUGAGAGUAAGGACAGAAGUUCUAAAAGCAUCAAGGUAAAUUGUUGCUGCUCUGCUAAUGAUAAGCCUGUGUACAGAAGAAAAAUAAGAGACUUGAGCAAGUAGAAUAACCCACUGGCAAGACUUCUUAGUCUUAGACUAAAUGAGAAUGAGAGAUCUUGAAGUGAGGAUAUCCUUAUGGGAGACACUAAACUUGACAAGGAAACAAGUAAAAAUGAAUAUGGAGUGUUGUUUUCCUUUUUCUAGGAAAGAAGAUGAGCUGCAGCAUUUUGGGCAAGCUGAAGUUUGGAAUGCUAGGACAUAACCUGUUAAGAAGGAAAUCACAAUAGUUAAGAGGUGAUGAAGUGAGUUGGGACUGUUCCAGAUGACUGCAGCUUCUGCUGCGUUGGCUGCCUGUUGCAAGGGAGGGAAUAAGGUAGACCAGAGUCUUUUGCUGCCUGGGGAAACAUCCAAAAAGAGCAAGCUAUAGAGUUCUACAGAAAGGUUAAAGAAGCCCGGAAACUGCUGUAAUUUAACAUGUACCGUAUGUGUUUGGCUUGGCCUGAGGCUGGAAAGAGCUGUGGAAAUUAACUGCAGUAGAAUGGAAGCGUCAGUAAUAUUACCCAUUCUGAAGAAAAAAUUGGCUUUUCUUUCAGGAGGGAAGGACAGAAGAAGUGGCCUCAUUCUGACAAUUCCAUUAUGCCUUGAGCAGACGAGUAUGGAUGAGCUGAGUGUCACGCUAGACUACCUGCUAAGCAUUCCAAGUGAAAAAUGCAAAGCUAGAGGAUUUACUGUGAUUGUGGAUGGCAGAAAAUCUCAGUGGAAUGUGGUGAAGACAGUUGUGUUAAUGCUGCAGAAUGUUGUUCCAGCUGAAGUAUCACUUGUUUGUGUAGUAAAGCCAGACGAGUUUUGGGAUAAGAAGGUUACACACUUCUGUUUUUGGAAAGAAAAAGAUAGACUUGGCUUUGAGGUUAUUCUAGUAUCUGCUAACAAACUGACUCGGUAUAUUGAACCAUGUCAACUAACAGAAGAUUUUGGAGGAACUCUCACCUAUGAUCACAUGGAUUGGUUGAAUAAGAGGCUGGUAUUUGAAAAAUUCACAAAAGAAUCAACAUCCUUACUAGAUGAGCUUGCUCUAAUUAACAAUGGAAGUGAUAAAGGAACUCAAGAAAAAGAGAGAUCAGUAGAUUUGAACUUCCUUCCAUCAGUUGAUCCUGAGAUGGUACUGCAGACAGGCCAUGAGUUGCUAUCUGAGCUACAACAGCGUCGAUUUAAUGGUUCAGAUGGAGGAGUAUCAUGGUCUCCAAUGGAUGAUGAACUACUUGCUCAGCCACAGGUCAUGAAGCUACUAGACUCCCUCCGAGAGCAAUAUACCCGCUACCAGGAAGUCUGUAGACAACGUAGCAAGAGAACUCAACUAGAGGAGAUUCAGCAGAAGGUAAUGCAGGUAGUCAAUUGGCUUGAAGGACCUGGAUCAGAACAGCUAAGGACCCAGUGGGGAAUAGGCGACUCAAUUAGAGCUUCACAAGCAUUGCAACAGAAGCAUGAAGAGAUUGAGAGUCAGCACAGUGAGUGGUUUGCUGUUUAUGUUGAGCUUAAUCAGCAGAUUGCAGCUCUUCUAAAUGCAGGGGAUGAGGAGGACCUUGUGGAAUUAAAAGCAUUACAGCAACAGCUGAGUGAUGUGUGUUACCGGCAGGCCAGUCAGCUGGAAUUCAGGCAGAAUCUAUUACAAGCAGCACUUGAAUUUCACAGUGUUGCCCAAGAUUUGUCUCAGCAAUUGGAUGGCUUACUAGGAAUGUUGUGUGUAGACGUAGCACCAGCAGAUGGAGCAUCAAUUCAACAAACUUUAAAACUACUGGAAGAGAAAUUGAAGAGCGUUGACUUAGGCCUGCAAGGCUUGCGUGAGAAAGGUCAAAGUCUUCUUGAUCAGAUAUCUAAUCAGGCAUCCUGGGCCUAUGGAAAAGAUGUGACUAUUGAAAACAAAGAAAAUGUGGACCACAUCCAAGGAGUGAUGGAAGAUAUGCAGCUUAGAAAACAAAGGUGUGAGGAUAUGGUAGAUGUGCGACGACUGAAGAUGCUUCAGAUGGUACAGUUAUUUAAAUGUGAAGAAGAUGCCGCUCAGGCAGUAGAAUGGUUAAGUGAACUGUUGGAUGCUCUGCUGAAGACACACAUCCGACUGGGAGAUGAUUCACAAGAAACAAAAGUUUUGCUGGAGAAACAUCGAAAAUUUGUUGAUGUUGCACAGAGUACUUAUGAUUAUGGAAGACAGUUACUGCAGGCAACUGUUGUGCUGUGCCAGUCCCUACGAUGCACUUCAAGGUCCUCAGGGGACACACUUCCAAGAUUGAACAGAGUAUGGAAACAGUUUACAUUAACUUCUGAAGAAAGAGUACAGAGGCUGGAAAUGGCUGUUGCAUUUCAUUCAAGUGCUGAAAAGAUACUGCAAGAAUGUCCAGAGCAGCCUGAAGCUUUUAAUGAAAUAGAGCAAUUUGACGAAAUUGAAGCAGUUGGGAAAUCGUUGUUGGACAGAUUAACAGUGCCUGUAGUUUAUCCCGAUGGUUCUGAGCAGUACUUCGGGAGCCCAAGUGAUAUGGCUUCUGCAGCAGAACACAUUAGAGAGAAGAUGAAGCUAGUUAGCCUGAAAAAGCAGCAGCUGAGACAACCAGAAGUCACUACCCCAGAGAGCUAAUAUUACCCUUGUCUAUCAAUUCAUAAUAGGACUUCAGUUUGUAAUCCAGCAUGUUGUUUGCAUAUUACAGAAUUUGGCAUAAUAUAUUAAAAUGCAUUUCACAGCUGUUAUGUCUCAUCUUUUUUUCAAAGUAAAUGUUCUCAGCAUCUUAACACUGUACAUCUAUCAAGCCAUAAUUAUUUAACAUGCUAUGAAACCAUAGAUUCCAAGUAUCUUAUGAAAAGGAACUGUAAACUUUGCACUGAAAUUUGCUGUAAAGCUUUACCUGACCUGUCAGCUGCUUCUUAGUUAAACAGCUGAUGCAAGCUUUGAAUGGUGCUAAUGAAAGUGUUAGGAGUUCCAUAUUACAAAACUGUAGUUCUUUGCUUCCCCCUAUGCCCAGGUGAUGUGGUAAUUUUAGACUGUAGGUAAAGUACCUGCAGUGUAGACAGUGGUGAUCCUAUAAUUUUAAGAUUUUAAUUUGAAAUACUUUAAAAUAAAAGAGAUUGUUUAUUGUGCCAGUAUGCAACCUACCCAUCAAAUCUUUGGUAUAUCAGAUUCAUUAAACAUAUGUUUUCCUAUUUGUAUUGAUAAUGUAUUAAAAGCUGUUUGUGCUUAAUAAAAAUCAUCUUUUUAAAAUC